AUGGAAAAACAUUUGAAUAUCUCGGGCCUGGAAGCACAAAUUGAAACACUGCUAGCUAAGAAAGAGUUUAAGUCAAGAAAUGACAUGCGUCUUUACCUCAAAAACAUACAUCUACUCAUCAACAAAUAUGAACUUGAAUUGUAUCAAUCACACGAUGAAAAAGCACAAAACAAAGUGAAUGACUACAGAGAAAUGGCAAAUAAGAUAUUUCUCUUGAACAAAAACAUCAAAUCCGAUGAAAAAGAAAGUCAAGAAACAUACAAAGAAGAAGGAAUUGAAACACUUAAGAUGCUAAAUACACAGCUUAUGUUAGCGGACAUAAAUCAGAAGCAAUUGGAGAAAGGCACAAUCAAAAUUGAAUCUCUAGACUACACGAAUACUGAUAUUUUGAGAGAAAUCCAAAAAGCAAAUACGAAAAUCAAAACACUAAAAGAUAAAGAACGUGGUGAAGUGUCACAGAUUAAGCGAGCAUAUAAGUUUUUGCUGCUGAUUUGCCUGCUAAUACUGUGUGAUAAAAUAUAUAUUAGAUUUAUCAGGCCAAGUAUAAAUCUAUACAGGAGAUUUAAACCAAUCAACAAUGAUGAAACAGGUGCCAACAGUCUACAUGAUGCUGAAAGAGAAGAAUUGUAA